CGGUAAAAGACUUCAGAGACUGCACCACCCACACACACCCCUCAUCUCUCUCUCUCUUUCUCUCUCUCUCUCUCAAAACCCUCCUCCUUCAUUUUCUUAAUCUCUCUCUUAAUUACCACUUGUUCAUAUCGGCAAAACAUUAAUUUAUGGACAAAGGAUGGGGGCUCACCCUUGAUUCUGACUCCUGCGGCUUCCUCCUCAACAAGCCGCCCACCGCGGCGGUUAAGCUCGACCACAACCACAAUAACAACAAGAGAAGCAGUUUUUUUAGUGGGGAAAGGAUGUUUUCGGGAAUGGAAUUCCCUGUCAAACUUGGCAGCCGGGAAGAGCAGACUGCAUCACAGCCGUCCAAUGACAACGAUCGGAUGGUUGUGGAUGAGGUGGACUUCUUUUCUGAUCGUAAGAACAAGCUCAAAAGCAAUAGUACUGAUGAUCAUCAUCAGGAUUCGAGAUCCAAUGAUGCAAUGAGUGUCAAGAAGGAGAAUUGGACUGGUUUGGAUGUUAAUACUGGAUUGCACCUUGUUACUGCGAACACCGGAAGUGAUCAGUCGAUGGUUGAUGAUGGGACUUCUUCUGAUCGUGCGGAUGACAAAAGAGCAAAGAAUCAUGAGCUGGCACAGUUGCAAGUGGAGCUCCAACGUAUGAAUGCUGAAAACCAGAGGCUGAAAGAGAUGCUAGGUCAAGUGACCAACAACUACAGUGCAUUACAGAUGCAUCUUGCUGCAGUUGUACAACAACAACAUAAUCACACUACUGCAGCUCCAGCUGAUCAGAGCUCACAAUUACACCAUGAUCAGAAUGCUGAGGCAAAGGCUGAUCAAGGUAAGAAACAAGGGUUGGUGCCAAGACAAUUUCUAAAUUUGGGUCCGAGAGCCACAGCCGAGGCGACUGAUGACCAAGUUUCCAAUAGUUCAUCGGAAGCGAGAACCGGAUCAGCUUCACCACCUCAAAACAUCAGUGAAGUUGCAUCACCGAAAAACGGUCAGAUUGGUCCGUUGGAUCCGGAAAACUCUAAUACUUUCCGUGACGGGAAAAGAGUUGGCAGGGAUGAGAGUCCUGAAUCUGAAUCAGAAGGAUGGGUGCCCGACAAGGUCCCCAAGCUCAACAAUUCUGCGGCUCCUAAGCCAAUUGAUCAAUCAACCGAGGCUACCAUGAGGAAAGCCCGCGUCUCCGUUCGAGCCAGAUCAGAAGCCUCCAUGAUUACUGAUGGGUGUCAAUGGAGAAAGUAUGGACAGAAGAUGGCAAAAGGGAACCCAUGUCCUCGUGCAUAUUAUAGGUGCACCAUGGCUGUAGGCUGUCCUGUUCGCAAACAAGUACAACGUUGUGCGGAGGACAGAACCAUACUGAUCACAACAUAUGAAGGCAAUCACAAUCACCCACUGCCCCCCGCUGCAAUGGCCAUGGCAUCAACCACCACGGCAGCUGCCAGCAUGUUGCUUUCGGGGUCCAUGUCAAGUGCGGACGGGAUGAAUAUGAACCCUAAUAAUUUGCUAGCCAGAGCAAUUCUUCCAUGCUCAUCAAGUGUUGCCACAAUCUCAGCCUCAGCUCCAUUUCCAACUGUUACAUUGGACCUUACCACAUCGCCAUCAUGUCCAAAGCCAAACACCCCAUUUCAAGUCCCUAAUUUCCCAGGGCAACCCCCGAGUUUUGGGGCAGCUUCACAUCAACUGCCUCAAGUUUUUGGGCAAGCCCUUUACAACCAGUCUAAGUUUUCAGGACUUCAGCUGUCCCAGGAUACAAUGGGGUCUACUAGUUCACAAAAACAAAUGCAGCAAACGCAAUCUUCCUCCUUUGCUGACACAGUGAGUGCCAUCACGGCUGAUCCGAGCUUCACUGCUGCUCUCGGCGCUAUAACCUCGAUCAUUGGCGGAGGAGCUCAUCCGAGCAACACCACCACCAACAGCGCCUCCCCCAUGUCCAACAACAGCAGCGGUGCCAACAACAACAACAAGAUUAGUGGUUUCCCGGGAAAUUAAUUAGAAAUGUGGCAUCUAUUGUUUUUGUUAAUUUAUUUUUUGGCUUUAAAGAAAGUUGGUAACCUGUCGAUACAUUUUGUUUUUUUUUUUUUGUUUUUUUUUGUUUUUGUUUUUUUUGGGGAGGGUUUAGAUCGAACCCAACUUCAUUCUUUCUUUCUUUUUCAUUUGUGUUUUGUUUUGAAUAAUUUGAUUCAAAAUUUUCAGUAAAUAUACACAUACAAAAAGGAAAAAGGUUUGGUUUAAUGUAUUUACUAUUCCAAUCA